AUGCAUGCCGACUUCGAGGGUUGGCUGCGUGCGCUAGAGGAGCUACUCGGCGCGAUUACUGAACAAAAUUCAGAGGCAGCGCAUCGAUCUGGAAAUCACGGGCACCUAACAGAAGAAACGGCAUCGGAUUUACAUCAAUUAAUACUUUCUUCAUUGUCUGAUGUUAGAUCUUCAAAUCUCAAAGAACAACUCGAAGAGAUCUGCCAUUGCUGCGAAGCGGGCCCUAGUUCGGCAACAGUUUUGGCAAAUCUACUAAAUAAACCUCAUAUAAAGGAAUUAAUAGCGGCCUCGGAUACAAUCGGCGGUUCUCAGUAUUACCCUAGUUUGCCUGAUAUUCCUUUCGAAGUCGAUGACGAUGAUGGGUUGGCAGUAAAAAUUGUAAAAAUUUUACGAAGAGACGAGCCACUUGGUGCUACAAUAAAAAGUGACGAAAAUGGUGCUGUAACAAUAGCUAGGGUAAUAGCUGGUAGUGUGGCAGAACGGACAGGAUGUAUAUUGGAAGGAGAUCGAUUAUUAGAAGUGAAUGGCGUCAGGGUAGAUGGUUUGGAACCACGAGAAAUUCUAGGACUGUUGGAGAGGAAAGGCGCCAGCUCGGUCACUUUUAAACUAAUCCCGGGGGAGCAGAAAGAAGAUACGGAUGUGACUACAGGGCUCCAUUUGAGGGCUAUGUUUGACUACGAUGGGAGGACGGAUUCGAUGCAUCCAUGUCCGGAAGCAUCUUUAUCGUUUGGUCGAGGGGAUAUUUUGGAGAUACUUGUAUGCAGUGAUAAUUUGUGGUGGCAAGCUAAAAACCUUGGCCCGGGCAGCCUAGCAAACGAAGAAAGAAGACACCACGGGAGCGCCGGAACAUCAUCGCGAGUCGGUAUAAUCCCCUCGGAAUCUCUGUUGGUUGAAAAGGCUGCACAUGGGGUCAAUCGGGGAUCCACCCUCUCCCGCACACCGACAACACGACUUGAGAAUGAGGGCGAGCUUCGAUACGAGUCGGUGAUACGAUUGAGGCCGAAGGAGGGCCAGAUUCGGCCUAUUGUCCUAAUUGGUGCGUCUGGUGUUGGUAGAAAUGAGCUGAGACGUCGACUAACAUUAGCAUUUCCGGAUAAAUUUUCGACAGCCGUCCCUCACACGUCUAGACAGCCUAGACCUAACGAACAACAAGGCGUCGACUAUUAUUUCGUAACACGACCCGAGUUAGAAGCAAUGAUACAACGUGGCGAGAUGCUGGAAUUUGGGGAAUUCCGAGGUAAUUACUACGGGACGGCCAUCUCGUCGGUGAAACGAGCCGGGCAGACGGGGACCCCGCUUCUCACGCCCCAUCCGUUGGCGUUGAGGACGUUGAGGGCCAAGGAUUUUAUGCCGGUUGUGAUUUUUGUGCAGGCGCCGGAUAAGGAGACGUUUACGAAAACAAGAGCAGCGCUUCGUUCUCGUUGGUCAAGGGCAACUUCCGCAGCUUCUGGAUCGGUUUCAGCAGCUUGUACAGGUCCUAGAGGCUUCAGCGAGGGAGAAAUUGAUCAAAUAAUCACUACCUCCGACCAACUCGACCGCCAACUCGGUCACAUCUUCGAUGCGCGCAUCGUCAAUUCCAACCUGGAGACCUCAUUCGCGGCCCUCACGCGUCUCAUACAUAAAUUUGAGACGUACCCGAGCUGGGUGCCCGUCAGCUGGGCCACCAGGGAUCUCAAU